AUGGAUUCGAUCAAGGUGCACAAUUCGCUGAAGCCAGGACCGCCUGUCCCCUUCAAGCCAAUUCAUCCGGGAAAGGUGUCAUGGUAUGCUUGCGGGCCGACAGUCUACGACCAGAGCCAUUUGGGCCAUGCGCGCAACUAUGUGUCGACCGACAUCAUCCGGCGCAUCUUGAAGGACUAUUUCGGCUUCGACGUCAAGUUCGUCAUGAACAUUACCGACGUGGACGAUAAGAUUAUCAUUAAGGCCCGCCGACAGCGACUGCUCGAUCUCGAAAAGAAGAAGCCGUACACGGAAGCCGAAACUCUCGAGCUUGGUAAAACUGCCUUCAAGGCUUACGCUCAAAGCAAUCUUCCCAAGCUGAUAGACCCCGAGACGUGGAAAGACCAAGAGCUGGACGUGAAAAAUUACAUUGAGCGAAGGACCGUCGCCUAUGGCAAUGUUCUGGCGGGAGGCACCAUUACCGGCGAGGGGAAGCCCGGCGAUGCUGAGGCGAAGCUCAAGAUGCAUAUCAGCAACAUGACACAAGCAGUCAUUGCCUUAAGCAAGAACACCAUUUUCGGCAUGGCAGAUGAGAUUCUGCUGCCAUAUUUGGACUCGCUCUACAAGGAGACCAUCGACACGAGCGAUCAGACUAUAUUCACCGACUUGACCCAGUACAUGGAGAACGAAUUUACUGAUGACAUGGACGCGUUGAACGUUCUCCGACCUGACGUCGUGACCAAGGUCACGGACUAUGUGCCACAGAUUGCGAAGUUCGUGGAGCGUCUCGUCGACAGAGGUUUUGCCUAUGAAGCGGAUGGGUCCGUGUAUUUCGACAUUGCUGCGUUCGAGAAGGCUGGCAACACAUAUGCCAGGCUGAAGCCCGAAAGUCGAAAUGACAAGGAUCUGCAGGAAGAGGGCGAGGGAUCGCUGUCUAAGAGCCUUGGCGCUAAGAAGAGCCCCAGUGAUUUCGCCUUGUGGAAGAAGUCCAAAGCAGGCGAGCCAUACUGGCCGAGCAAAUGGGGCAAUGGUAGGCCUGGCUGGCAUAUUGAGUGCUCCGUCAUGGCGUCACACGUCUUGGGGCAGCGAAUGGACAUCCACUCCGGUGGUAUUGAUCUAGCUUUCCCUCAUCAUGACAAUGAGCUGGCCCAGAGCGAAGCAUACUAUUGCCAGGGUGGCCAUGAGCACACUUGGGUGAACUACUUCUUGCACAUGGGACACCUGUCUAUUUCGGGAUCCAAAAUGUCGAAAUCGCUCAAGAACUUCCAGACCAUCAAAGAUGCGUUAGCGUCCAAUUACACCAGCCGAUCGAUGCGCAUUGUUUUCCUUCUCGGUAGAUGGAAUGACGGCGUGGAAAUAUCUCCAGACAUGAGGACACAAGCUGACAACUGGGAGAGCACCGUUAACAACUACUUCGUAAACACGAAGUCGUUGCUCGCCGAAGCUAGUGGAACACCAGAAGUAAUCCAGGGAGACGUCAAGAACCUCUCCAUUAGCCACAAGCCUGCAGACGGCUUGCUGGCCGACUUGGAGCAAGCCAAGAAAGAUCUCGAGGCCGCUUUUACAAAUUCUUUUGAUACCCCUCAAGUCAUGCAGGUCAUCCUUGGCAUGAUCCGAAAAGCGAACAUCCACAUAAACGAACACCCAACAGAUCUGGAUUUACUCGCCGUCGAAGCGAUUGCCCGGUGGGUAACUAAGAUCGUCGGCAUCCUCGGGUUGGAUUCCAAUGCAAAGCCUCCUUACGACGGUCUGGGCUGGGUUUCUGCUGCUGCUGCCGCCAACCUCGAGCCUGCGAUAUCCGUACAGCCCUACAAGGAUGUUCAUGCUGCCGUAGCCAAAGACGCAAAAUCUCUCGACAGCGGUGUCUUCUCCGACACACUAGCUCAACUUCUGACUCAGUCUCCCGAUCCCGAGUUCGAUGCUCUCGCUGCCUCUGGUAUCAGAGACCCUGAACAACUAGGCCUCCCAUAUCUACGGGCCGUUUCUCGCAUCCGAGACGAACUGCGACGUAUUGCACCAACCACACCAACAGAUAUCAAGAAACAGAUUCUCGCCCUCAGUGAUCGCAUACGCGACUCUGAUCUCACGAACAUCGGCGUAUACCUCGACGAUAGGACUGAUCUUCCCUCCCUGAUCAAGUUCAUCCCCACUGCGGAACUGAUCGCCGCACGUAGGGAGAAAGAGGCUAAGGAGGCAGAGCGCGCGCGCGCCAAAGAAGAGGCAAAACUUGCGAGGGAACAAGCCGAGGCAGAGAAGUGGGAGAAGGCUAGGGUGAAGCCGGAGGAUAUUUUCAAGGCUGAUGCACGGUAUGGGGAGUGGGAUGUUGAGGGCAUGCCGACGAAGCUGAGGGAUGGGAGUGAGGUGCCGAAGAGUCAGUUAAAGAAGCUGAGGAAGGACUGGGAUAAGCAAAAGAAAGUUCAUGAGGAGUGGGUUGCCAAGUUUGGUGGGGGUACUGCAUAG